AUGUUGGCCACUUUAGCUGAGACGCGAGACGCCCGUAUUACGCUGGUUUCAACACGGCGUGAAAUACGAGAAGUCGAAUUUCUUGAAGAAUCCCCCGAUAGGCCAGAAUUCGCUUUGACCACCGAGGCAAUUCUCGCGAAAGAAGUCGUCCCCCAAAAUGAGCGCUUCCUACGUACAUUUCAUCCAGCUCUUCGCUCUGAGCCCAGCGUCUUUAUUCUCCAUCAAAAAUACACGAACAAACGAUAUUGGGUCAUCUUGUGCAUCCGGGGCCGCCCCCUUCUACAUACCCACGUCGGAGGGCUGGAAAUCCUGAUUCAGCCCUGGUUCAGAUCCACGAUGGGUGAGCGAGUCACAUUUCAGGCUCAUCCUGAUCCUAUCGACGAGUUCAUCGACACGACAAAAUUCCUAACACCGGUGCACAUUAAUAUUGCGCGUGAAUAUUGGCCGGAGGCAGUUGGGAUCCGGAUCCUGCGGUGUUUGCUCAUUCGGGGGCUGGAACUUGGGUUCGCGCUAAUGGAAAUGAACCCUUCGACACUGCCGUCCGCUACUCUGGCUAUGGUCGAGACUGGUGAUCAAGUCCGCGAUGCGGCCAACCCGAAGCUAAUGAUGGCUUGUAUUGGCCUCAAGCUACGGCUCCCAGGUGGGCAAACUAACAGUGCAUGCCAAGAGGUUUUAACCACGGUGACUCAUGGCUUUGUGAAGGAGCCUGUGCAUCUCGAGAAUUGGAUCGGUCCCUGGCUUAAACAACACUACGUCAAGAUCCGAAGCUCGAUCCGACGUUUCUUGCCGGCCCCUCUGCCUCAAAUUGUUGAGGUCCAGAUUUGCGAGACAAAGCGAAGUAACCGCUUGGCUAAUCCCAGAAACUCAAGCGGUCCACUGGGGAGAGUAAUUGCCCUUGCCGCAACCGGUCAGAUCGUCGGCACGAUUACCACGACUUUUGAUCGGCCCUCCCAUGAUCUUCCCUUCCCGGCAAGAUACAGGCAUGAUCUCUCACUCAUUACCAACCCCGAACUUAUCGAUUUCUGUGCACCACCCGGUGUGAAUAUCGUCCCUGAAUGGGCCAAUGCGGAAGACGCGCUAGGUGGACAACCUGUCUUUUGUUGUAUGUUAUUCACACAGUGGAAGGGUGGCGCUCCAGAUGCGAAUAAGAUGACCUCUAAACGGAGAUUUACACGUGGAAGCGUUGUUGAUCAAGGCACGAGGCAGGCAAUGAUAGAUGGGGCCCAGUAUCACUGGGACAAGCAAAGCCGAGAACCCACGACCAGUCUACUUUGGACAACAUUGUUCGAUUCCGAGCGUGUCCUUGGCUGGUCGGGUAGCUUACUUUGCCUGGGAACACCGCACAAUGGCGAGAUUUCCAGACCUCUCCUCUUUCAGAAUUUCGAGUUCCCGUGGCAAAGCCAUCCCACAGGGAAACAGGUACGACGAAAAAAGGUGUUUGGUAUUUCUUCAUUUACGAAAGAGUCGGUAAAGGGAGGCUUUCUCCUCCCCGCCCAAAUCAGGAACUCCCGAAUUCUUCUGGAACCAUGGUCCGAACAUACGCGACCUGUAUCCUACGAUCAGGUUAUUUUAACUCAUCCUGCUUAUGUUGCUCAGCGCGCUCAGGUGCAUCGCCAACAGCUGACAGACCCGGCCUAA